AUGAAGGUGGUCAUCGCUGAAAUCUGCUGCAUCAAGAAAGCUGUUUUAGCCAAAUCUUUGGUAGCACUCCCUUGGGAUCCCUGGUUUAAAGACACUUCACCUCAGGAAGCACUGAGUUUUGAAGAUAUGCAUGUGAACUUCACUGUGGAAGAGUGGAAUUUGCUGGAUCCUUCCCAGAAGAAACUCUACAAAGAUGUGAUGCUUGAGACCUACAGGAACCUCACUGCUAUAGGCUAUAAUUUGGAAGACAAUCAUACUGAAGAACAACAUCAAACUUCUAGAAGUCAUGAAUGGCAUGAAAGAAGUUAUACUAGAGAGAAACCAUAUGAAUGUAAUCAAUGUGGUAAAGCCUUUUCAGGUCACAAUGGUCUCCAAUAUCAUAAAAGAACACAUACUGGAGAGAAACCUUAUGAAUAUAAUCAAUGUGGUAAAGCCUUUUCAUGUCACAGUGGUCUCCGAUAUCAUAGAAGAUCACAUACUGGAGAGAAACCUUAUGAAUGUAAUCAAUGUGGUAAAGCCUUUUCAAAUCACAGUAAUCUCCAAAGUCAUAAAAGAACACAUACUGGAGAGAAACCUUAUCAAUGUAAUCAAUGUGGUAAAGGCUUUAAACGACAAAUUCAUCUCCAAGUGCAUAAAAGUACACAUACUAGAGAGAAACCUUAUGAAUGUAAUCAAUGUGGUAAAGCCUUUUCACGUCACAGUAGUCUCCAAAGUCAUAAAAGAACACAUACUGGAGAGAAACCUUAUGAAUGUAAUCAAUGUGGUAAAGCCUUUUCAGGUCACAAUGGUCUCCAAUAUCAUAAAAGAACACAUAAUGGAGAGAAACCUUAUGAAUGUAAUCAAUGUGGUAAAGCCUUUUCAUGUCACAGUGGUCUCCGAUAUCAUAGAAGAACACAUACUGGAGAGAAACCUUAUGAAUGUAAUCAAUGUGGUAAAGCCUUUUCAAGUUACAGUAAUCUCCAAAGUCAUAAAAGAACACAUACUGGAGAGAAACCUUAUGAAUGUAAUCAAUGUGGUAAAGGCUUUAAACAACAAAUUCAUCUCCAAAUGCAUAAAAGGACACAUACUGGAGAGAAACCUUAUGAAUGUAAUCAAUGUGGUAAAGCCUUUUCAUGUCACAGUAAUCUCCAAACACAUAAAAGAACACAUUCUGGAGAGAAACCUUAUGAAUGUAAUCAAUGUGGUAAAGCCUUUUCACGUCACAGUAGUCUCCAAAGAAAUAAAAGAACACAUAAUGGAGAGAAACCUUAUGAAUGUAUUCAAUGUGGUAAAGCCUUUUCAUGUCACAGUGGUCUCCGAUAUCAUAGAAGAUCACAUACUGGAGAGAAACCUUAUCAAUGUAAUCAAUGUGGUAAAGCCUUUUCAAGUCACAGUAAUCUCCAAAGUCAUAAAAGAACACAUACUGGAGAGAAACCUUAUCAAUGUAAUCAAUGUGGUAAAGGCUUUAAACAACAAAUUCAUCUCCAAGUGCAUAAAAGGACACAUACUAGAGAGAAACCUUAUGAAUGUAAUCAAUGUGGUAAAGCCUUUUCAUGUCACAGUCAUCUCCAAAGUCAUAAAAGAACACAUACCAGAGAGAAACAUUAUGAAUGUAAUCAAUGUGCUAAAGCCCUUUCAAGUCAUAGUCUUCUCCACAUACAUUUAAGAACACAUACUGGAGAGUAA